CACAUGACACAUUCAACGUCUCUCUGCAUCACACUCACACCACAGACUCACAGAGGGAGGGAGCAGAGGAGGGGAGGUGAACCACAGAAGGAGCAGAGGAGACGCUGAGAGUCUGCACACUGGACCGAUCGGGCUCCUUCAAAGAGAACAGACGAAGAACGAGACCAGAGAGGAGCAGAGAGGAGCAGGAAGACGUAAAGGAGAAGUUCAAACCUGAACUACAAAAGUCCAGCGUAAACACUACGCAGAAGAGAAAGAGCUGCGAAAGGCAAACAGACGAAGAGGAGCAGGAGGAGAACGUGGACAACCAGAGGGGGAGACCCUCACCCUUUAAGGAGCAGGGAGGAGGAUUAGACAUAUAAGGAGGUGAGACAGCAGGGACGCCAACAUCGACAAAGGUGGAGCAAAAAGAGGAGCGGAGAAAGACGAGGAGAGGAGAGGUGAAGCAGCGGUGUCGUCAUGGAGGAGGACAUCAGGAAGCAGGGGGUGCUGUACCUCCAGCAGCAGAGGUUUGGAAAGAAGUGGAAGCGGGUGUGGUGCGUCCUGUACAGAGAAAGCUCCUGCUCCAUCUCCAGGCUGGAGUUCUACGAGUGCAAAGAUGGAGGCAACGCCGAGAAGAAUGACAAAACGCUGCGCAAGCAGCAGGAGCACAAGAAGGUGAUCCGUCUGGCGGACUGUAUCCGGGUGACGGAGGUGGAGAUGGAGGGAUGUCCCAAAGACACCGGGUCCUUCCUGGUGGAGACCACGGAGAAGAUCUACGUGUUCGCCGCCGACAGGAACCAUCUGGAUGACUGGACACACAAGCUGUGUGAAAUCGCCUUCCCUAUGAGCUGGACGGAUACCGGCGUGAAGCGAGGCAGCCUGCAGAGAGGAACCAGGGUGGAAGAAGACGAAGGAAUGGAGGACAACUCGCUGUACAGUGGCCGAGAGACAGUGCGUGACUUCAGGGUGUCCAUUCGGAGAACGGAGGCGUCUGACCGCUGCAGGCUGAAGGGGGACGGCGUCCUGCGAGCUGACAUGGACGCUCUGCAUCUGCUGGACAAGGGAGGAGACAUCGUGUACACCUGGCCGUACAGAUACCUGCGGCGCUUUGGACGCGACAAGGCCACUUUCUCCUUCGAGGCGGGUCGGCGCUGCGACUCCGGCGAAGGGAACUUUGAGUUCGAGACCAAACAGGGGAACGUCCUUUUCCAGGCCGUGGAAGCCGCCAUCAACCUGCAGAAGGUCGCCCCUCCCCACAGACAGACCUCCGGGGGGGGCCAGGCGAGUCCAGACACCACCCAGAGCUUCAGCUUGCCCCCCCCACCGCACAACCUGCCGCUGGCCCAGAGCAGGACGCUGCCUCAGCCCCGCAGCCAGAUGCCCCCGGCCGCUCAGGCAGCGGACGACGUGUACAGCAUGGUGAGCGAGCCGCCGAACCUCCAGAUGAUUCAUCACAUCGACAAAGAGAGCUGCAACGCCUCACAGCAACAGCAGCAGCGCCCCCAGAUGUGUCGUCUCGAGCCUCCGGUGGAUAAAACUCUGACCGGAGUGAAGAGUUUGAACCUGGACUCUCGUCUCCCCGCCCCUCGAAAGAAUCAGGUCAAGAUGAUCUCCAGCUGCCCCCUGCCCAACGCCAGCCCCGACUCCAGCCCUAAUCUGAGCACCGGCCCCGCCCCCGGCUCGGUCCCCAACCCCCGCCUCAGCCCCAAGCCGAGCGCUAAGCCGGAACAGACGUACUCGCAGAUCACCAUGUCGACCGAGAGAGGCACCAAGAGGGAGAAGAGGAGCGCCAACGUGGCGGCGCCCUGCACCGACAGCGAGGCAGACUACUCGCUGCCCUUCGACACCAUCGCCAAGAACGUCAUGACCGACAUCCUGAACUCUCACCGUACAGACAGCGGCCACGCGGGCGCCGACCCGCUGUACGACAGCAUUGACGAGAUGAAGAUCAGGAACGUCUUCACGAGUGGCGGUGACGCCGUCAAGACGUUGGACCACAUCUAUGACGAGCCCGAAGGCUGCGCUGCCGCCGCCGCCAAAGGACAGAAAUCCACCCCCUCCAGCUCGGUGUACGACGACCCCGAGGAGAUGAGAGGAGAUGCCUGGAGGAUUAUGGGUACAGCUGCUGACCCCAAAGGUCACGAGUAUCCGUAUAACCCCCGAGUCGAUGACUACGCCGUGCCCAAACAAGCCCAGAGGGCGUUUGCCGUUACGCAAAGCAGCAGUGAAGAAGCAGAAGAAGAAGUAGAAGAAGAAGCGGACGAGGAGAGUGAGGAGCCUGGAUUAAGGGAGGAGCUUAGACAGCAGCGCCAGGAUUCGCCGUACAACAACGUGAUGGUGAAAAUGGCGUAGAGGAGAACCGAGCACCGAAGUUAGUUUUAAAGAAUUAUUUAUAAGUUGUAACUUUGAGUUUGGUUGAUCACGUGACCGAUGUCUCCUUAAGGCACUUUGUAAAGUUUAACUCUGAGCUCAGUGGCAGCGAGAGCUAACCGGCGCUGUCGGCGCCACCUGCUGGUUCUUACUCGCUUUCUUCAGUUUUAUUGCUUUUACCGUGAAUGUGGGCGCUGCUGUGAUGAUGGAAACGUGUCGUAUGUUCAUGUGUUGGAACACGUGCAGCUGUGUUACUGUGAGGACAAUAAAGUCAAACUGUAGCAUCCAUGUCAUGACUCAGACUUUGCUCCUGACUUCAUGCACGUUCAUUUACACUUUGUAAGAAGCACAAGCAACACACAACUAAAUAAAACGACACA